AUGAUUUUAAAUACAGAAAUGGUAAUUAACGAUUAUUUUAAUAAUAAAAAUGGACAAUUUUGGAGUGAAAAUGGUGAUGAAGUUGUUAUUGAUUUAUUUGAUUUUAUGUAUCGUUUGAUUAUACGUAUCAAUUCAAUUAAUUUCAUAUCAUCAAAUAUUUACACAAAUUAUGUUGAUGAAGUUAUAAAAAUUUUUACUGAAUUAAAUGUCGAAAAAGAUAUGUUAAAUCCAAUAAUUGAACGAAUAAAAAAAUACUUCGGAUUGAAAACAAAAAAAGAUUUUGCUUGGAAACAAUGGAUUUCACUUCUUAUGCCAGAAAUUCAACGAUCUUUACAAAUGAUUGAAAAUAACAUUGAAUCAAAUAAUUUUGAUAUUAUUUAUGAAAAUGUCAAAUAUGUCAAAGAACAAAUGGAUAAACGUGGUGAAACAUUUACACCUCAUUUAGUCGCUUAUUUUGCUUAUAUGUCAAUUGUUCCAGCACAAUUGAAUACAUAUACAACAUCAGCCUAUAUAAUUCUUGAAUGGAUUCAUCAUCAACAUGAUGAAAUUGGUCAACAAAUGAAAAAUGAAAUGAAUUAUUUAUCUCAAUAUGAUCAAUUAACUAUUGAUGAUUUAAAUUCAAUGAAAUAUAUUCAAGCAUGUAUCUAUGAAGUUAUUCGAAUGCAUACGGAUUUUCUUUUGAGUUUACGACAUGCUGGUGAAGAUAUUCUUCUUUCUCAAGAGAAAUUUAUACCAAAUGGAAAUUUUGUUGUAACACCAAUAACUGGUGCACAAUAUUUAUAUAAAAAUCCAUUCGAUUUUCAACCUGAAAGACAUUUGAAACCACGAGAAGAAAUGAAAAUUGAUCCAUAUCGAGCUUUACCUUUUGGAAGAGGAAGACAUUCAUGUGUAGGAGAAAGAUAUGCAACAAUGCAAAUUAAAAUUUUAUUUCUUCGAUUGACAAAAUUAUGCAAAUUGGAAUUAAUGCCACAAUCGAAUAAUUAUAAAACAACAAUCAAUAGAAAACAAUUCGAUGGAUUAAGUCGACCGACAAAACCAGUUUGGAUCAAAAUUUCCAAAAGAACAUUAUGA